AAAGGCUAUAACUAGAAGUGAAAAUAUACCAGUCUUAUCUGGAAUCCAAUCCCUGUUGGCUGCUGCUUCUGCUUCCAGUGUUCACUGUCUAGUGAUUGUACAUAUCUUUGUCCUUUUUCUGGAGGCUGAGCCUCAGCCUGACCCCAUUGAUUAUCAAUACAGAACUCUAUUUCCGUCUGCGACAGCAUAACCACCACGUCUUUUAGAUUAACUACUUAAUAUUAUUUUAAUCCAUCCAAUCCAAUACAUUAAUUCUCUCCUCUCCCUCGAUUCUUUUUUCUAACUUCAUUUUCGCCAUCUAUAUUCACAAUAUGAGAGCACUUCACGGCGACUACCUACAGCCAACGACGCCGACGCCGCCGCCGCCAGCAUCUCCACCGCCAUCUAACCCUCCGAAAUCAAACCUGCCCAUGUUGUACUACGGCCUAGUGGUGGUGGGCACGGCGGCUUUGGUGCUUGCAGUAUAUAAUCUUAUCAUUAUCAAGUGGUGCAACCGUCGUCAAAGCCGGUCAGAGCAGAGACCUAACAGGUAUAUAGAAGCUACAACAGCCAGCCAGAGUUUUGAAAGCCUCAACAGGAACUUGCUGUCGAGUUUUAAGUAUAAGAAGGAUGUAAAUAUCACCAUGGGAGGUGAAGAUGAAGAGGAAAGUAGCGAAUAUGAAUGCCCGGUUUGUUUAUCGAUUUUUGAAGAAGGGGAGGAGGUGAGGCAGCUGCCGAGAUGCAAGCAUUCAUUUCAUGCGCCUUGUAUAGAUAUGUGGCUUUACUCUCACUUCGACUGCCCGGUUUGCCGUGCUCCGGUGGAGCUCCGCCUCAAUCUCCGGCAUACAGAGGACAAUUCGAGGGAAGGUUUGCUGUAGAUUCAGGCAACCAGCUUUGAUUUUUUUUUUUAAAUUUAUUAAUUUUUGUUGAUUAGAAUUUAGAAAUAGACAAGGCUUGAUAAUUGAUAUCUCCCAUGCCAUGAUGUCAUUGAGUCGUGGGAUUCGUGAAACAGGAAGAUGAUAACGAAGAGAAUUGAUGGAGGAAUGGCUAUGUCGUAUGUGGAUGAUGUGAUUUGUUUUAUGUUUAAACUGGGGCCAGAACUGCCCACUUGCUCAUUUUUGUAUAUAAAAGUCAAAUUUUUUGGUGCAGAA